GGGUUUUCAAACCUGACAAAUUAUUUUAGACCUCUGAUAUGAUAAAGAAAAUGUUUCAUACAUUUGCGUUUUGCUGUUUGUGCUGUUUCCAACUGAUUGGUGUAUUUGCUGAUGAAGUAAAGUCAGUAUCAGUGAUGGAGGGGGAAUCUGUCACUCUAAACAUUACUGUUACUGAAAAACAGAACAUUGCUAUGAUCAUGUGGAAGUUUGGACAUAACAAAUCACUCAUAGCUAAAAUCAGUAAAAAAUUCACUAAUAUCGCUGUAUAUUAUAAAGAUGCUAAUGAGAGAUUCAGAGACAGACUAAAGCUGGACAAUCAGACUGGAUCUCUGACUAUCAUGAACACCAGAAGCACAGACUCUGGAGAUUAUGAAGUUGACAUCGACAGCAGCAGAAAGACCACAUUCAAUGUUACUGUCUACGUGCCGGUCCCACAGUCUUCCACACAGUCACCAUCACAGUCUACUCCACAGUCUCCAUCACAGUCAUCUUCUUCACAUUAUUCAGAGUCUGAACCUCUGUCUUCAAACUCUGCAUUGCUGAUCUCUGUUGCUGCUGUUGCUGGACCUCUGUUGACUGUAGCUGCAGUUGGGAUGAUCUGGAUCUACAGAAAACACAGAAAAACUGAUCAAGAAGUUCAAAUUUGUGAGGAAGAGAUCACACUGAUCCGAUAUUCUACAAAAGAAAUGUGCAAAAAUCGGAGCAUGAGGUGGUGGAUGCAGGUGUUGUCACAAGACGUUGAACUAGUUCCUCUUUACUGAUUUUUGAUCUCUUUAAUGAUAUUGUGACAAAACUGUUGAACAUGCAAAAGUGGUGCGUUUACCUUAUGUUUCAGGGUGCCAAAAAAAAACACCUGUUAAAGUGGAUGUAAAUAGCAUCACUUGACUGUCACUCUGAAAAGUUGUAUUACCUUUACUUAAAAUGUUUUAUUUAUCUUGUGUGUACCAUAUUUUCCAGAAAAAAGACCCUAAAUUUGCACCAUCUCAAAGUUUUGUCUGUAUAUAGGUCAAAUCUUAUUUUUACUUUCAGAAAUAAUGUAAAAUAAAAUGAAACACUUAUAAACUUGAUAUAAUGAAACAGAAAGCUGAUCUGGCUUUAUCUAGAUUUAUUGGUUCACGCAUCUACAACAUUUAGUGCAAAUGUUUCCAUUUUAGCAAUGUAAAGUUUGCUAAACUAUUAUUUACUGUAAAUAUAUACGUUUCAUGUAAACAUGGUUUUGUAGUAACGUUUGUACUGUACGUCUGUACAAUAUGUUAUUUGCAUUAAGCAGCUUUGGAAUAAGUCACAGCAUGUAUCAGACAAUAAAAAUGUGACAUUCUAGAGAAUACAGGUAUUUUUGGGGGUAGAUUUUUUUGAUGUGAUUAUUGUGAUCCUGCAUGUUAAUGGAUGUUUCAGUUAUAUAAAGACCAAAAGGUCAAACAUAUUCACAUACAGAAAAAGCUGAGCAUCAUGGGGCAUUAACCGGAUUUUAUUAAAGAUUUUAUUCAUGUAAACCUUUGAGUUUAUAAUCCAAGAGG